AUGGAUACUGAAAUGGAUCGUGCUUCGAACCUUAUGGGUAAAUACCUUUUAGCCGGUUGGGUUCCGUUAUUACGUUCCAAAGAUAAUACAGUAUGGUUUUGCGUUUUGUGCGAUAAAGAACCUGGAAAUUCAAAAUCAGAAACGAAGCAACAACCUAAUAUUUUACCACCAGUUACAAUUGUAAAUGAAAUUAAUAAUGAUGAUGAUAAAGUAGAUUCAGUUCAACAAAAUUCAAUACCGCCACCUUCACAAUAUGAUGAGAUUCAAAUGCAACAAUUUCGACGUGAUCAAUCUCAGCGUGCCUCACAAUUAAUUGCUCAACAUUUAUUACAAGGAUGGGCUCUAAUCGAUCAAAUUUGUUUAAAUGUUACAUGUUAUGGUGUACCCUUAAUUAGAUCCCGUGAUAAAAAGAAAUAUUGUGUUAUAUGUCAAAAUUAUUAUGUGAAUGAAUCUGAAUUAGGCCUCUUGAAGCAUCAUAUAACUGGAAGUGUAGAAGUUGAAAAAAAAAAAUAA